ACCUGGCAAAUUCGGCAAAACUCCACCAUUGAAAUUGACCCCACCUCAAUCCCCAGUUGGCCUUCUUUGGCCCAAGGUUAAUCGAUGGGCCAAAUGCCAUUGGCCCUGAGAAAGUUGAAUGGGUCAUCUUUUGUGUCUCUCUCCUAUACUUGCUACAGCACAUACAACAGUAGUUGCAGUAUUACAGCGUUAUUACUAAAAUAGGUAGUACUUAUUGACUAUACCACAAAACUGCAGUGGCACCGCUAUAGUGUGUAGGGGUGUAACAGUUCUCGAUUUAAAAAAAAACAUACGAUUAGCCACCAAUGGUUCGGUAAGCAUUUGCACUGCAGUUCAUCUGAAGAAAACGAUUUGGUGGAUUUCAUGGUGAGCUCUUGUACAGUGUAAAUGCGUUUUCAUUUUGUAUAUUUUUAUAACAAUGUCUUGUGCUGUUUAAAUGUAUUUAAAUUCUUCAUAUUUUUAUACUGGCCUUUAGCGGAGAGGUAAAUCCCGCUGACUCUUGAGAAGUGAAUAUCUCUCUCUCUCUUUCCAUGUUUCACGGGUACGGCUUGGGACCCAUCUUUAUGAUGGUAGCCUGUGAAAGGAACAGUGGCACGCUCCUUCCCUCCGUAGUGCUAGGGUCAUCUCCUUGGGCAAGAGAGAACAACCCUCAAGCCCCCCCGCUAGGGUUACAGCAAAAAGUUUUUUUCCAUCACUCUUGUAAAGACCUGGAGUAAAAUAGAUCCAUAUCCCAUUUCUGUUAUAAGAAAUAAGGAAAAGGACGACUCGUUUGCCGUGAGUUGCGACCGUGUCAGUGGAGGAAGAGAUCCUGGUCCCUGAGAAAUGUGGUUUGCUGCGGCUUCCACUAUUUCAGCACGGUACUUUGGCUCCUACUUCACCUAGGCGGGAGGUUGGAAUGGCUCGAUCCAAUCAAUCGGCUGGUCAAGACAUGCCCUGGGUAUACUCUGUGAUAGCUGAACAUCAGAUAUUUCUCAGAUUCCCAGUAGGCGUUGGCUAAGGGUCAGUCAAGUAAUUUGAGCAACUUGUUGCUCAUUUUGCUUGAGUAUAUCAUCCCUGUAUCCCUGAUGCAUAAUCUGCUGGAGAUCCGUGGUGCUGUGCAUCCCUUACUUUUGGGUUCCAAGGUGGGUGGGGAGCAGAGAUGACGAAACUAAAAACCAAAACAUGGCUACAAAACACCUCAAAAAAACGUUUCUUGGACCUGGAUACCGACAAUACCUCAGAAAAUAGAGGUGCUCUUGUGCCGAGUAAUGAUGACUGGCCAAAAUUCAUUGUUAUACAAAAAGGUAUUGCAGGAGUAGCGGGAACAGUAAAGGAAGUGAAAAAACUACGAUCUGGACAGAUUCUUGUGGAAUGCAGUAAAAAGGCCAAUGCUGAAACUCUACUACAUGCCAGCAUGUUAGCUGGAGUUCAAAUAAAGACAUCUCCUCAUCCAACUUUGAACUACAGUAAAGGAGUAAUCCGAACUAGAGAGUUGGAUGAUGUGGAUGAAGAAAUAACGCAUGAGCUCAAGACCCAAGGAGUAAUGAACGUCACAAGAAUAAUAAUCAAGAGAGAAGAGCGAACGAUUAAAACUGGUUCUCAUUUUGUGAAGUUCUUCGCGCCAUGGUGUGGUCACUGCAAAGCCAUGGCUUCUACAUGGGAGCAUCUCGCCACCAUCUUUGAACAUUCAGACAAUGUCAAGAUCAGCAAGGUGGAUUGUACGCAGCAUUAUGAGGUGUGUUCAGAUAAUCAGGUGCGCGGUUACCCUACACUACUGUUCUUCACUGAUGGACAGAAGGUGGAUCAGUACAGAGGCAAACGUGAUCUGGACUCAUUUAAAGAGUUUGUGGAUAAUCUUGUGAAAGCUUUAGCAUCUAAAGAUGAACCAGUAGCAGAGGAGGACCACACUCAUGACAUCCCACCCAGUGCUGAGCCUGACAAACAAGAGUCCAGUGUUCUGGUGCUAACCGAGAGCAACUUCGAUGAGACUGUUGCCAAAGGUUUCAGCUUCAUCAAGUUUUAUGCCCCCUGGUGUGGUCACUGUAAGAAUCUGGCCCCUACCUGGGAGGAUCUAUCCAAGAAAGAGUUUCCAGGUCUAACUGAUGUGAAGAUUGCUAAAGUGGACUGCACAGUGGAGAGAACACUCUGCAACAGAUUCUCUGUGCGUGGAUACCCAACACUCCUGAUGUUCCGGGCUGGGCAGCAGGGGGAGGAGCAAAAUGGUGGGCGGGACUUAGAGAGCCUGCACAGUUUUGUGAUGAAACAGGCCAGGGAUGAGCUGUAGCUCCGUCCUCAUUCUCCAUCUUGCCACAAACCUACACUCAUCAGUCUCCAUAUAUCACAUACUGUCAAACAGACUGCUCUUUUCUUUUUUUUCUCAUAUCUGCCGAGGUGAGGACAAUCCAUUCUGCUUAUCACAUUAUGAAAUAUGAAUGUACAUGAUUUCAAUGUAACUUGUUCGAUGGAAGACCAGUUGAUGAAAUCAUCAGUAAUUGACAGCCGUAUUACUAGUACUUUAGAUGUGUCCUUCCUCUAAGUAACAACUUGAGUAUGGUGUAAAGAAAAUGCCACCAAAGUUUUAGAUCAUUACAUUAAUUAUGGUGCAAAUUUUGAAAAUGUAACUGUAUACGAGGGAUUUCAGCUUGCUUGCUUAAGAUCCACUAAGAAAAUACGACCUCAGGGAGACCAUUGUGUACCAUUUAAAGAGAACAACAACAACAUGUAUUUGCAGUCUCUUUUUUCAUUAUAAUGUAAAAUAUUAUAUGAUACACACUUUCAAACAGCACUGUUUCUACAUGUGGUCUAGCCAUUGCAAUUUCAAACAUGUUUGUUUGAAAAGACAAAAAAUGCUUAAACCAGACAGAGGUGGUUUGCUGGUCUUAGCUGGUUUGGCCAACUCCUAACUUCCUCAGCCUGACCAGCUGACAAAUGCCCAUAACUCCUCAAAAGCCAUCAAACCAGGCCAUACUAACAAGCUUGGUAGCCAGCUCAGCAAGGACCACCGAAUUACUAACCAAUGUCUGGUUUAAGCUGUUUUUUGUUUUGUUUUUCCAGCAGGGAGGCCAUUUGUUUAACUGUUCACAUUGGUUUUCUCUUCUUCAAAAGCCUUUAGUUCUUAUAAAGGUAUAUUAAUGGGGUAGACAUAGCAUUUCAAACGUAUCCCGUAUUGUCAUUAUGUAAUCCAUGUUUUCUUUUCUCACCCCCCCAGCAAUGCAGAAUAUACUAUGUAUUUGUUGUACAGAAGCAGUUUAUUGAAAUACAGUUUACUUAACAUUUUCAAUCAUGGUAGUGAGCUUGCGAAAACUCAAAUUAUGGUACUGUAAAAGUUUCUUAAAAUUGUUUAUUCUGCAAAUAGGGCUUUUAUUUUGCCUAUGAGGCAUUUUUAAUUUAAAAUGGACAUGUUUUCUUUUGAUUAGAAUUGCUUUUUUUUUUUUUGUGUUCAAAUGAUUCCACCAUCUCAGUAUUGCUGUGUUAACAGCUUUUGCAUGCAGUUAAUGAUUUUAAUACUACUUCUGACCUGAUUAAAACACAUUUUCUUAUGGUGAAAUUCUGACGCUAGCGGUGCCUGGUAAUAAUUUCUAAAGGAACACUGAUAGUUCUUGUAUAUGUGAUUGGGUGCUCUUGAAUAGUAAAAAUGAUUUGAGAUGUUUAUUUUUCUCUCUUACUGGAUCCAAAAGUCAAGGAAGGGAAAAGCAACCAGACAAACCACAUAUUCACUGAAGUCUUUAUGAGGCACAUUGUCAAGCCAACAUCAGUGAAGGGGGGGGGGGGACAUUUUUUUGUGAUAGGGGUACACACACUGCCCAGGGGUUUUUGUACAAAAAGGCACAUUUCAUAAUAAAAUGUCUUUUUCCAAAAAUAGAUGUUUUAAUUUUUCUGUUACUCUUAUGUCUUUGUGGUAUAUGGUUCAUAAAAGGUGCAAUAAAUAAACUGUAAAAUGUACAAGUAUUUACAUACAGAUGUCUAAACAUGACAGACAUUUAAACAGCAGUUUACCAGAGGUAUGUGAAAAAAUUAGGAAUGAGAAUUGUAGUAAUUUAAAAAUUCUUGUUCAAAAACAGUUUUAAUUCAGUAAUUUUGUGGACAGUGAAAUGAAUUGAGGACAAUGUUUUGAAAAUGGAAUGAAUGUUGUUCCUUAUUGCAUUAACUAAACUUUUGUCAAAUUAUGAGCUUAUUUGAGAUGUCAGUGGUCUGCCAUCUUGAAAGAACAUAAAUUAGAAGUGAAUUGAAUUGUACGAUUCUUUAAAGGUGCACUCAGUAACUUUUGUCUUUGUGUCAUCUUGGACUUACACUGACACCUAGUGGCUUGGAUGCAGCAUAAUUUAAAAUCAAUAGUUUUCAGUUUCAGAUGCCAUUACAGAAAUUUAGUAUUCAAAGUCAGCCAUGAUUACUUUAAUCAAUGAGUGAAAGUGUCAAAUAACAGGACAGUUACUGAGAUUAAGUGAGUAGUAUUCAGCUGGUCAUGUGAUUCUAACAUGGCAGCCCCCAUGUGCGGACCCUCUCCAUGUAGAAUAAAACAGCUUUUAUAAGGUUACUGAUAUGACUGGAGUCUUCGUUUUAAUGUGAGUGUUCAUGAUUUCCUACAUAUGUAUAUUCAUGUCUUUAGGAGUUGAACUUUAUUGAGGAAAAAAGUUACUAAGUGCACCUUUGAAAAAAGAAAGAAAACAAAUCCUGGUAAAUACAACUUUACAUUUAUUGUCUCUAGCAUCUAAACUCUCUCAAUCUCAGUUUGGUUUACUGUAUCUGUGAGGAAUGUCAUGUGAAAAGGUGUUCUUGCAAGAAAUAAAAAUUGAGGCGCUCCAAAAUUGAUAGUUGGUUCAUGUGCCCAUCCAACAGAAAAGGAUGUGCACUGAUUAUCAUGACCGCCCGUUUCCGCCACAUGAAAACAUAAUUUUGAGAUGAUCAAUUAUGAGUAGUUAAAUUAUUAGAUAAGUAUCUCAUACUUUUUCACUCAAAUCAUUAAUUAUAAUUUUGACUCAUAAAUUUGAUGUAAUCUCAUAAUUUUUGUACUUAUCUCAAUUAUGACUCUCUUUUUAUCUCAUAAUUAUGAUUUACCAAAUCACUUUUUUUUUUUCAAUGUGGAGUAAAUUAGCUUCCAUAGAUGACAGGAUUGCCAGCUGUCCUUUAUUUUAGCACCAUGACGCUUGAGGGACGGUCAGCGAAACUAUCCAUAUUGUGGCGGGCACAGCACUUGAGGGGGAUUUCCUUCUUGUAUUGAAGUGCUCAAAAUGCUCAAGUGUCCCAUAUUAUCAUGGCGAAAAGUUGACACCUCUAUUUUCCAUCCACAUCAGUGGAAGAAUACAGACGUUCCAAAACCGUUAACAGAAACAAGCAUCAUAAAAAUGAUUUGGUUUCAGUAUGUUACCAAUACAUGGCUCUCAAUUUCUAACCCUAGAGAUAAUGCUGACUAUAAAACAGGGCAAAGUAAAAUAUAUCUUCAAUGUUUUGUACCAUUUAAAAUGCUCACAGUGAAAAAAAGGAAAUUUAUAGUGUCAUAGUAAAAGUUUUACCAAAUUACAAACAAUAAAUAUUGGCAUAAGAUAGUUGGGAAAUGUACAGCCCUUCUGAGGACCAUAGUGCAGAAUACGGUUUUGUCGCUGAAAAACAGGAAAUUAUCCGUAGCAUAUCUUGUCUUGUAGGAGGUUUUGGAUUUAAGCCAUCCAAGGUGCAGGUGCAGAUGGGAAACUAUAGAUCUGUGGUGUCGGACAGCAUCAAAUGCACUUUCUGUCUUCAGAACACCAACAUAAUGGAUCCGUUCUUUGGGCUCUGUUAAAGUGUGUAACCACUCGCUCUGACUCACGAAUGCAAACCACAGCUAGUGCAGAGCAAAUAUUGAGAAACUCAAAAUAAUUGGAUUUUGUUGAGACCUAAAAUAGUCUUGUAGGUUCAAGUGAGUUUAGGGAUGACUGAAAAUACACAAAACGGGAGAAAAUUUGUCUCACACUCUGACUUCUGUGCAUCAAGACAUACUAUUUUGACAGUUUCCAAUGUUACAUUUUCAGGAAUAGUUCUCUAAAAAUGAAAAUUCUGUCGUCAUUUACUCACCCUCAUGUCAUUAGGAACCUUUAUGCUGUUAUUUUUCUGUGGAACUCAAAAGGAGAAUGUUUGUAUCAUUUUCUAUACAAAGUUCAUGGUGACCACAUCUGUCAAACUACAAAUAGCACAAAAAGCUCAGAAAAAAUAACGUAUGAAAUUAAACAGAAGAUGGUAAAUAAAUAAUGACAGAUUUUUCCUUUUGGUUGCACUGUUCCUUUAAGAUUUGGUUAGUCAAAUACAAUAUUAAAUACAGACAGAAUUUUAGCACAUAAUUUACAUUUCUCUGUGUGAUUUGGCAUUAGGUUUAUGUUCUGUUUAUAGGUUCAUCUGUACAUCCUCAAGGCACUUUAAAGGAUUUUAAAUGUUUUCUUAUGUGAACUGGCCGUGUGUGUGAAGAUGAGUAAAAGCAGCACGUUUAUCUAUUCUCUCUCAAACAUACUUGUUUGUUCAUAAACACUUAUGUCUUUAAAAUUAGUGUUUCUCACACACAUAUAUUUAGUCUCUCUGCAGUGCAGUGGUUGGGCG